AUGGACUUUUUGACACAAGUUGUGGAAGGAACUGUUGAGGGAAUCAAGAAGUCCAAAGGACAUUCCAUGGAGUUGAGAAGUGGAAGGAGAUCUGCAAAUUCUGCAGACUUUGAACAUUUUGAUGUUGAUUAUGCUAAAACUCAGGACUCAUAUUUUGUGGAUCCCAACUUUAGUGGCGAUGAUCAUGAUGUUUUGUUUAAGAAUGGGUGA